AUGAGACAUUUCUAUUUCUAUUCAGAUGAAAUAGUACUAAACGGUAUUAGAGUAUCAAACAUCAAUAUAGAUUUGCCAACUGAUUAUCUAUUUUCUUAUAAUUCUCAAACAAGAAUAUUCACUAUUCAUAUUUCAGAUACUAGCAAGUAGAACUAUGGAAAUAUGUCAUUAUUUUCAAAUUCUCACUUUGAAAAUAUAAAUGGAGAUUAUGGUUCUAUUGGAAGUAUUUAUAGUUUUGAAAGAUAACCAGCUAUCCAUCUUAUAAUAUUCAAUACAACUAUUAUCAAUUCACAUGCAACUACUUAUGGAGGAGCAUUUGUUAUAUAAGAUUUACCUUUGAGUAGCUUUAAUCUAACAUUCUUGAGAUGCAAUUUUAAGAAUGUUCGAGGAACUGAAUAUGGUGGAAUACUCUAUGCAAUAGGAUCUCAAGAUUAUAAGGCGAUUAAUUUGGUGGCAAUUAAUAGCUCAAUUAUUGAGGAUACUAGUCAAAUUAGCAUUGGGCCUUAAUUUAUCUUUGGAAGUGCUUAUAGAGGUGGAUCAAUUUACCUGGACUAUACUACUUAAUAAUAUGGUUUAGAAAAAAAAAGUGUAGAUCUCGAUAUCAGCUACUUUUUUAUUCUGAAUUCUACCUCAUUUUCAGAUGGAGGAUUCUUAUAUGUGAGCGGAAAUAUAAAGCUAUAUCUAAAGCUUUAAUUAACAAAUUUUGAAGAGAUAUCAGCAUCCAUCAUGGAGAAAGAAUUUGAUAAUAUUUAAGGAACUGUAGUUGGUGGUGGUUUUGCUAGCCUUAUCUUAGACGAAUUAGAUAUCUUUAUAUUUAAGUGCUCAUUCACCAGGAUAGGUUCAUUCAGAUAGGGUGGAGGUAUCUUUCUAAUCAAAAGUGAUAAAGUAGCAAUUGAAUUUUCAAAUGUAGAAAUUUUAGAGGUUUUAGCUCAGACUUAAGGAGGAAUAAUGUAUGUUAAAGCUUAAAACUAUGAUAUUAAAUUUCAAAAUGUAUCAAUCAGAUGCAAUUCUUCAAAUGAUUAUAAUCCGAACUUUGCCUAUAAUAAAGCAACUCUUUUUUAUCUUGAUGCUAGUAAUGACUUGAUUUCUAGAUUUGUUGGGAAAUUCAUAAAUUAUGAAAACUGUGGAACAGCGAAUGAAGGUGGUAUAUUUAAUCUUAAUAAUAAUGCUUUGCUAAAUGUAACUAAUACUAACUAUACAAAUAUAUCUGCUUCAAAAGGUGGAAUUAUCUAUUGUACUUAAUGCUAGAUCAUUAUACAUCACUCGUUAUUUACUGCCAUAGAUGCCUAGUAUGGCUCCAUAAUUUAUAUCAAUGGAAAUACGAUGAUUCAUGUUGAAGAUUCUGUAUUUUUGAAGAAUUCAGCUUACUAUGCUGACGAUGAUUCAUGUUGA